GGUGUCAGCAUGUGGCGCGCGCUGGGGCUGCUGCUGUGCGUGGCGCUGGCCAGCGCCGCUCCCAACCUGUUGCCGGGCGACCCGCGUCUCGAGGGGGGCGAGCACCACGGGCACCACGGCGAUCACGGCGAGCACGGACACCACGGCGAGCACGGGGAGCACGGACACCAGCACGGAGCUCACGGAGACGCGCACGGAGAGCACGGUCACGCGGCGAACUCCGAGGAACACGGCCAUCAUGACGCCGACGUGCCGGUGACCGCUGACUUCGGCGCUGGGCUGGAGCUCGAGCUGGACGGGGUAGCGCGGGACGGCCACUACAACCCGUUUCUGCCCGACUACCACCCAGCGGCGAACGUGGCGUCGCCGUUCGCCGCGCCGGGAGUCGCAGACGACCGCCGACAGGAGGCAGCCCCCGGCGGCGGUGAGGCGCCGGCGCCCAGCCCUGGGUCCGGCACCAUCGCGCCGGCCGACCUCAACCUGAACCCAGGCACUGGCGGCUCGGGCCCGAAGGGUCCGGUGGCGGCCGUGUGCGGUGCCGGGCUGGUGUGCGUGCCAGAGGCCUCCUGCGACCCGUACACGGGUUUCGUGGUGGGCACGCUGGUCCGGCCGCCGGCCGACCCGUCUCAGCCGACGGUGGCGCUGCAGCGGUGCGAGCUGGCGACCCAGGGCGUGACCGCGGCCGGCGUCUGCUGUCGGGACACGACGGGCAGCGUCGGAUCCUCCGGCCCGGCGCCAGCGCCCCCCGCGUCCGCAUCUCCCACGCCCGCGACUCCCGCGCCCGCGCCACCCACUACCAGGACCGCACCGCCGUUCGGGAACAACCCAUUCCUGAGCGGCGCUGGCGGCGGCGCGUCCAAGCCUGGCCACUUUGCGAACAAUCCGUUCCUGACCGGAGGCUUUGGCGGCUCGUCUCCAAGCCCUGACAGCCAGCAGGUGCUGUGCGCCUCCGACCAGCGAUGUGUUGAGCCUGAGCUGUGCGGAGACGACGGUUACGUCAUCACGGACGGCGCUGGCCUGGUCGACAUCCGCCAGCCGACUAGCACGUACUGCAACACGCCGGUGGGCCGGGGCACCUGCUGCGCUGACCGCCCCGCCCCCGCCCGCCCGCUGCCUGGUCCGGGCCCGAUCCCGGCGCCCCAGCCGGGGCCGGGCCCGAUCCCGGCGCCCCAGCCAAGGCCGGGCCCGAUCCCGGCGCCCCAGCCGGGGCCCGCGCGGCCUGCCGGCGGCAGCCGUGGUACCGAGGUGAAGUGCCAGGCUCCUCAGCGCUGCGUCCUGCCGCCCGACUGUGACGAGGAGGGCUACAUUGUCAGCAACGUCGGCAUCGGCCUCAUCAACGCCAGGGGCGGCUUCCAGAGAGAGUUUUGCCGUGUGCCCGAGGGCGGCAAGGGCCGCUGCUGCCAGCCGCGGCCCUCGGAGCCGCUCCGUCAGGAGGUCGUCUGUGAUGCCGGCACUGAGGACUGUGUCAGCCCGGGCCUGUGUGGCAAGGACGGCUACAUCAUCACCGACGGCUCCGGCCUGCUCGACCUCAGGAUCAAGGGAAAGCAGUACUGCCGGGACUCUGGAGGUCAGGAGGGCAUCUGCUGCCUGCGGCCACCGACCACAACGCCCGCGACCAGUCGGCCUCGACCUCGGGAAAUCGCGUGCCAGGGAUCCCAGCAGUGCGUCACACCCGAACUUUGUGAUGAGGACGGCUUCAUCAUCACCGACGGCUCCCGUCUGAUCGACAUCCGCUUCCACAAUAAAGAGUUUUGCCGUGUGCCCGAGGGCGGCAAGGGCCGCUGCUGCCAGCCGCGGCCCUCUGAGCCGCUCCGUCAGGAGGUCGUCUGUGAUGCCGGCACUGAGGACUGCGUCAGCCCGGGCCUGUGUGGCAAGGACGGCUACAUCAUCACCGACGGCUCCGGCCUGCUCGACCUCAGGAUCAAGGGAAAGCAGUACUGCCGGGACUCUGGAGGUCAGGAGGGCAUCUGCUGCCUGCGGCCACCGACCACAACGCCCGUGACAAGUCGGCCUCGACCUCGGGAAAUCGCGUGCCAAGGAUCCCAGCAGUGCGUCACACCCGAACUUUGUGAUGAGGACGGUUUCAUCAUCACCGACGGCUCCCGUCUGAUCGACAUCCGCUUCCACAAUAAAGAGUUUUGCCGUGUGCCCGAGGGCGGCAAGGGCCGCUGUUGCCAGCCGCGGCCCUCUGAGCCGCUCCGUCAGGAGGUCGUCUGUGAUGCCGGCACUCAAGACUGCGUCAGCCCGGGCCUGUGUGGCAAGGACGGCUACAUCAUCACCGACGGCUCCGGCCUGCUCGACCUCAGGAUCAAGGGAAAGCAGUACUGCCGGGACUCUGGAGGUCAGGAGGGCAUCUGCUGCCUGCGGCCACCGACCACAACGCCCGCGACCAGCCGGCCCCGACCUCGGGAAAUCGCGUGCCAGGGGUCCCAACAGUGUGUCACACCCGACCUUUGUGAUGAGGACGGCUUCAUCAUCACCGACGGCUCCGGUCUGAUCGACAUCCGCUUCCUCGCCGAUAAAGAGUUUUGCCGUGUGCCCGAGGGCGGCAAGGGCCGCUGCUGCCAGCCGCGGCCCUCUGAGCCGCUCCGUCAGGAGGUCGUCUGUGAUGCCGGCACUCAAGACUGCGUCAGCCCGGGCCUGUGUGGCAAGGACGGCUACAUCAUCACCGACGGCUCCGGCCUGCUCGACCUCAGGAUCAAGGGAAAGCAGUACUGCCGGGACUCUGGAGGUCAGGAGGGCAUCUGCUGUCUACGGCCACCGACCACAACGCCCGCGACAAGCCGGCCCCGACCCAAAGAAAUCGUGUGCCAGGGGUCCCAGCAGUGUGUCCCACCCGACAUUUGUGAUGCGGACGGUUACAUCAUCAGCGACGGCGUCGGCCUGAUCGACAUCCGCUUCAACUCUAACAACGGGUACUGCCGAGCGGAGGACGGCAGCCGCGGCACGUGCUGUCUGCCGCCCGAGAGCCGGCCGCCACUGGAGGACACCUGCGGCAGGAGCCUCGACAUCCGCAUACUGGGCGUCAGGCCCGACUCAACUGAGGCCAGCUUCGGCGAGCUCCCAUGGCAGGCUAUUAUAUCCUACACCAACUACACCUUCGUCUGCGGAGGGUCCCUCAUUGGCAGGCGCCACAUCGUUACCGCCGCUCACUGCGUUCAACGGCUGCAGGCGUCGGAGCUCCAGGUGCGGUUGGGCGAGUACCAGGUGAACGCCGAAAACGAGCCGCUGCCGUACCAGGACGCGCCCGUCUCGAGCAUCCAUGUCCACCCCGGUUUUAACCGGAACUCGCUGUUCAACGAUGUGGCGGUGCUGGAGCUGAAGAGAGAGGUGAAGCUGGACAGCCAUGUGCAGCCCAUCUGCCUGCCGAGCGCGGGCCAACGGUUCACAGGCCGAUGCGUGGCGUCCGGCUGGGGCAAGGCCGCCUUCAACGGUGACUUCUCGACCGUGCUGAAGAAAGUUCGUCUACCAAUGGUCGACAAUGAGAAAUGCCAGUCCAUGCUACGGAAAACGCGACUGGGUCGAUUCUUCAGGCUGCACAGGAGCUUCGUUUGCGCAGGAGGAGAGGAGGGCAUCGAUUCAUGUCAGGGUGACGGUGGCGGUCCGCUCGCCUGCCCGGUCGACGGCGCGUACGUGCUGGCCGGCGUCACAGCCUGGGGCAUCGGCUGCGGCGUCAAGGACGUGCCCGGCGUGUACGCCAGCACCGAGGCGGCGCUCGACUUCAUCAGGGAGGCUGUCGGCGCCGGCAGGCGGUGAGACCGGCCGCCGGUGUCCGUUCGGCCGCGGCGCGACCCGCGGCUGGGUGGGGCUCGCGCCCUCUGCAGUGCGCUGAUUACUGGUGUCUGCGAGUCUUCAGCCGUCGGUACCGAGGCAGUGACACCGGGCCUUGGCGAGCGGACCGAAAUUGCAUCAGAAACAGCUUGUCCAUAAUGCAGCGGAUGGCGACGGCGGUUAUCAGAGGUUCGGAGCACACGUCAGGCGCUGUCGGCAAUGGGCCACAGGACAACGCGUCGAGCAUACAAAAUACAGAGCAUUUUUGCGUAGUUUCCAUAAAUAUGUAGUUUUCCAGGUUCAUGCAGGUUGGGUCCAGUAUUUCGUAGGUUUAUCUCACCAUGCCUGUCGGAGGUAGAGGAGAAUGAAAGCGCGACCAUUGGGCAUACACCGUGUGUAUAUUAGAAGAUAUGAUGCAUCUAAAAUGCGCUAUCCCGGCCAACGACUAUGUGCUGUGCCUACGUUUUUGUUAUUUCAAGUUGCGCUGCACAUUCUUUGCAUUUGUGAGUGCUUUCGAACAAAUUUGUCUUUGCUUUUCGUGCAAGCUCUGAAGACGAAGCGUGAAGAAAGUGUCGUGUGUUGUUUUCUUUCCACAUUCCGGCUGGUAAGGACAGCAGUGCGCAGCCACUUUGCAGGUAUAUAAUAUUGUUCAUCUGACAGACACUGGCAUGCGAACCUAUCGCGUAAUCGAACCCCGGAGUUUUGGAACUGGUGCCCAGAUCGUUCCCUGAUGAAAUUCGCAUUUUCAGAGUCGGUUAGGUGAACAAUGUCAUCUGCCUACAAAGCGGUUGCACAACACGGUAUUUUACAUUCGUAGCAUGGAUUGGAAACAACACACGAUGUUAACUUCCCGGCCAUAAAUCCAAAGCUUUAUGUUAGAGGAGAGCUGUCUCUCUUGCACGAAUACUGGUGUACAAUAGCCGGCGUAGGCAAGUUGGGACCCAUAUAACGGUUGUACGUGAUGGUAGACGAUGUGUUAGUAUUACGCACGGGACAAGCGUUCUGUCGCCCCUAUCUGGAUUGGUCGCAUCCGCACAAUACUUCUGCCAGCUAGCUGUCGAUUGGUAUUAUUGAGUCCUGAGAACGGCUGGAUGGUGUUAGGCCUUCAGCCAUGUACGCGUCAUAACCCGGCUGGAAAAUCAAGUGGCCUAAACAUUGCGUGGAUACUAACACACCAGGCGAGGGUGACAGUCCGAAUAGCUUCUCCACCUGUGACCUGUAUUGCGUUAAGCAUCGUCACCUAAACAGAUUGUUUCACAAUGAUUUUAGUACUGUUCCCCGAGCUGAUGUACUCCCCAGUGUUAACCAAGUGAAGUGAACGUAAAUACAUAUCUACCG